GCUAUUGGGGGCAAUUAAACUGACCAGCAUUCUUAAGAAACAGUUAAAAAUGCCACAAAACAUGGUUGCCCCGCCACUCUUCUCGGAGGCGGAGCUUCUGGACGUGCUCACAGGGAUCGACGCGGAUAGCGUGAGAGACGAAGCUCCAGGACCUUCAGUCAAUGUUGUGCUGAGUGAGGACGUGCUGUCGUCGGAGCAGGCCUUUGAGGACUUCAUGGAUUCGUUCGGGUCGGGUGACGACGUGGGAGUCCUGAGGGCCUCUGAUGGCAGCCAGUCUGAAAGUACUAGCUCCGCAUCUUCACUUCCAGCUCUGGCCACUAAGAGCAAGCGCAAAGUGGGCGCUACUGCCUGUACAGAGAUGCCAGCGCCGUCUGGUGUAAAGCCCAAGCGGAAGCGCCGCAAACACGAGCUGGACCAUCUUCGAGCAGUGGCAGUGGAGCUUGAGAAGAAACUUCAUAUGCUGAACAGGGCGUCGAACGAGGAACAACCAGAUGUCAACCACACUUGGAAACACAUUUCUAACCAGCUCAUGACCGAGCGACAACGGGCUGUGGGUGAAAACGCUCGACUGCGGCAGCUUGUAAGGGAGCAGGUCAAGUCGGUCAAGGCAAUGCAGCGGGCGUUGGAUAAGACCCCCGAUUUAAGUAAAUUGGGGAUUGCAUCAGAAUGCUCUACGCUGAACGGAACGACGCGAUGUGAAUCGCCAACGUCGAAGGAUCUGUACAGAGAGCUCUUCAGGAAUAUUUCGUCUUCGUACAGCAGUGGUGUUGGCAACUUAUUGCUGCAUCAACCCAGCAUGCCAGCACCUAGUCUUGUGGGCAAGAGAAAAAUGAAUAUGGAAAUGGAGACUACCGGCGGCUGCGGGCCGCGAAUAUGUCUGCAGUUUGUGGAGAGCCGACUGAUACCUUUUAGUAUCGUGAGGAUCGGAGAUCAAGCCUGGGACUUUCUAUCAAGCUCAAACGGUCACAAAGACUUUCAGAUGGUACGAAGUGGUAGUAAUUCAGGCUGCUAUAUCUAUUCACGCUAGUCAACUGUGUGACAGGCCCUUCAAAAUCAAGGCAACGAAAUGUUUGGGCAUUGCACGGUAACUAACCCCUCUGGUUCCAGGCAAUCUUUGGGCAAUAUCGCAGUUCGAAGGUACUACGAGUCGAAUAAGCUGAAAUUCGUGUGGGAGUGUGACGGGCUGUGUUCGCACGAUGAUAUCUCCAUGCGUGUUCACCAAAAAGGAUGGUGCGUCAACUUUAGUAGGAUUAAUUAGCUGAGAGCUCACAGGUUAUGCUUGUGUAACAAUGAUAGGUGCGUGUUCGAGCCAGCAGAGGAAGACCCUCAGAAUGCUACGAUCUUUCGUGCUUGUGUUCGAAUGUCCCCAACUCUCGCAGACAGCAGCGAUCCCUUCAUCGAUUCGGCUAAGGCCGUUGGGCAGACCACCGAAAUUGUGAUCGAGAACUACGAAAAGACAGUCCUGUAUAUUUUUGACGCCGUAUUGGACUCCCUUGCUGGCAAGGUUGUUUAAUCGACUAAUCCUGUUGCAUGAAAAUGAGGAGAACCGGUCCUUCAGACCGGAGCUCUCUUGUGCCACAAUACUCCGAGUCGGGAGUUGAACCGUGACGGAUAUAUGACGCAGAUUGCUGCUCUUCUAUUUGUCUUGAAGUAAACGAGUUUCUAACUUCAAAGAAUUUCUCUUCGGCCUCUGU